AUGGCUUGUUACCGAUUUCUCACGUGUUUUGUGUAUUUCCACUAUGCUUCUGCCUUUACCAGCUCGGUCUACCAGUUGGAUUCAGAGUAUUCGGGCGCCAAUUUCUUCCAAGGCUGGGAUUUCUAUACGGUGAGGAGCCUGAUUGCCAGCGGUUUGUCCGACGACGCUGACGCCAAACAGGGAGGCGACCCUACUGGAGGAUUUGUAACAUAUUACAGCCAGGGUUCUGCUCAACUUGCGGGCAUGAUCAAUGCCAGCGACAGCUCACCGAUCUACAUUGGCUCCGACUACAACACGGUGAUCGGAUCCACGCAAGCCGCAGGGAGACCCAGCGUCCGCAUUUCCACGCAACGAUCAUGGACCCAUGGAUUGUUUAUCGGGGAUUUCAAUCAUGCUCCGGGCGGUGUCUGUGGAAGUUGGCCGGCAUUCUGGACACUGGGACCCAACUGGCCUUAUAAUGGGGAGAUCGACAUCAUGGAGGGAGCGAACUUGAUCACCAACAACGCUGCGACGUUACAUACAAACCCGAACUGCACGAUUGCUGGGGACAGCAGGACCAUGACAGGCCAGCUGGGGAACAACAACUGCGCAUACUACCCUGGCUACAACGUCGGCUGCAGUAUCGUCGAUCCUCGAACCUCCAGCUACGGCACCGGUUUCAACUCGAUCGGCGGUGGUAUUUACGCGAUGCAAUGGACCUCCGACUAUAUCAGCGUCUGGUUUUUUCCAAGAGGCUCGAUCCCGGCGGACAUCAUCAACAAGACGCCCAACCCUUCCGGGUGGGGUUUGCCGGCCGCCAAUAUGGAGGGCUCCUGUAUCAUCGACCAGCAUUUCCAAGCCCACAAGAUCGUCUUGAACAAUGCAUUCUGCGGAGAAUACGCGGGCGCAGCCAGCGUAUGGAACUCGACGAUCAACUCGUGUGCCACAAACACGGGGUAUUCAACCUGCAAUGCAUAUGUGGCCGCUCAGCCAGCAGCCUUCCAACAGUCCUACUGGAGUAUCAAUUCGAUCCGGGUGUAUCAGCUGGUAGAUCCCAGUGUCAAUGCCAGUUCUACGGGACCUUCAUAUAUCGCCAGCAACCAGCCCGCGCAUUCGAGCGCGUCGUCGACGACUUCAUCUUCGACCCCCGUGCCGACCACGAGCCUGUGCCCGACGUACAACUUCACCGUCGUGCAGUCGGGCAGUUUCCAGUACGAAGUCGAAUGCGGCGUCAACAUCGGCGGGUCGGACAUCGGUCGCCCAUACCUCAGCUAUCCCGUUAACUCGUUCGAGGACUGCGUCGCCGGGUGCAGCUACUGGAACACGUACAACAGCACCAACAUCUGCGGCGGCGUGACGUACCAGAUCAGCAGCAAGGCGUGCUACUGGAAACGCAAUGUCGGCAGCACCCCCGCGAACCCUGGCUUCGACAGCGCCCGCCUCAUCUACUACGCCUAUCCGCAGUAG